ACUAGACUACACAAUGUUCUCUUAUCUCGGGCAAGUUGACUCGUCUGUUUCCCUAAAUUGUUACUUUUUUAAACAAAUGCAAUGCAUAGCUACAGUAUGUCCAUAUUUGGACAUCGUAUCAUGUGACCGGGUUCGCUUGUCUCUGCUCCAAUCGCAUUGCUCAGAUGUGACGCUCGAGAUUCAAAGUUGGUCAGCGAGGCGUAGCUAGGCUAACUUCUCAAUGGCAUGGUAUGUUUUCAGCAGUAACGAUAGUCUGCAUUCAUAUUUGGUAGAAUCUCUCGUUUAUGAAAGUUGUGUAACUUUUGUGUGUGUUAUUGGACCGGAAUGGAAGGUAAAAUGAUCGGACCGGGUCCAUACAGGGCAACAAAGUUGUGGAAUGAAACUAUCAAGCUCUUCCGUGGAGGCAUGCCUCUGAAAAGACACUGGGCAUACUUCCGUAGCUAUGACAACAGCUUCACUGGAUCUGAGGCCGUUGAUUGGCUACAUGAGCUGCUGAAGCGAAACCAUAACUUUGGGCCAGAGGUGUCCCGGUACCAGACCCUGCAACUGCUCAGGAAAUUCAUGAAGAACCACGUCGUUGAGGAUGUCAAGGGCCGCUAUGGUAAAGAAGACUUUGAGGACAGUGGUCAAGUCUACAGGUUCCCUCCUACGUCCCCCCUGAAGCCCCUGCCCCAGCGGACCCCAGUGUCAGAGAACUGCGACCUGCCCCGCCUCAUCCGCUGGGACGACUACGAGGAACUGCCGCAGCCAGAGAAAAUCCCCAUGAAGUCUCUGAUCCUGAACUCAGAGACGUGGAACAAGAGACACAGCAUAGCCAUUGGAGAGGUGCACGAGUGUAAAAUCAUACGUAGGAGUGACAUCACCCCCAAGCAAGUCGACCAAAUCUGGAAGAAAAUGACAAUCGCACAGUACGUAGCUAGCUAUCCACCACACACCACCACACACCAUGGACUUGCGCUUGUUGGUCACGCUGUGUGUGUGUGUGUGUGUGUGUGUGUGUGUGUGUGUGUGUGUUGCUUUUCCUUUUACAACCGUUUUAGUUUGCAGAGAGUGCUGGGUCUGAAGACAAUGGAUGGAGUGUUGGAUCCCAAACACGUGAAUGCAAAGCAUAUAAUUCACAACGUAUUCAGUGUCAAUAAAACAGGAAUAGUUAUUGUGAAGAACAAAGCGGAGGACAUGCCCUAUUGGGUUCUAUCAGCAAUGAAGUGCCUAGCCAACUGGCCCAACGGUAGGGAGACCAAGCAGCCCAUGUACCCAGGCUUUGAGCGUGAUGUACUGAGGACGGUGGCUGAGUACUUCCAGAGACUCAAAGAGCCCCUGUUGACCUUCCAGCUCUAUGAAGUCUUUGUCAACAUUCUCAGUCUGCUGCAAAAGAAAGAUGUGGCAGCAGAGGCCCUCCAGGUGUGCAGCCUCCUCCUGCCACCGGCCAACCGCCGCAGACUCCAGCUGCUCCUCCGCCUCAUGGCCAGGGUCUGCCAGAACCCCGCCCUUCCACCGCUUAACGAUGCCAUAGCAACACGCACCCUGAUGGUGCAGACAUUCUCGCGCUGCAUCCUGGGCUCUGCAGAGGAGGUGGACCUGGAUGAGCUUCUGGCCACCAAGCUGGUCACCUUCAUGAUGGAGCACCACGACAGUGUCCUCAGGGUGCCCUCUAACCUGCACAGACAUGUGGAUGAUCACCUCUCCCACCUCAGGAGGGUACAGAUAAAGUAUGCCGGUGCCGAUACAGACGCCUCCCUGAUGUCUCCGUCGUACUGCAGGAAGAUUAGCAGGGCAGAGUUUGAGGAGCAGAGAGUCUCCAGCUCCCAGGGGCCCAUGCAGGAGCUGCUGGAGGGCCUCAUUGCCGACACUGAGCUCUCAGCCAAGGACAAGAGGAAGAGACUCAAGCAGUUCCAGAAGUCCUAUCCAGAGAUCUACCGCAGGCGGUUCCCCACAGCGGAGAGCAAGGCUGCCGUCUUACCAGAGAAAGCACCACGGCUCAAACCCCAGCUCAUGCUGCUAACCCUAAAGAAACCCUUCCAGCCUUUCCAAAGGAGUUGGAGCUUUAGGACCUAACUCUCACCUCUGACUCUGCACGUCUGACCUCUACAGUGUGGCCAGGAGACAGGGAGGAUUAUGUGUGUUUGAGUGUUUGGAACUUAUUCCACAGCAGGUCAAUGAGAAUAGAAUUCACAGGGGUAAAGUGGCAAUAGAUGGAAUAGUGUUGCCAAUUUGACUUACUAUACUAGAAACUACUGUUAAACUAAGAAGAGAAGUAUAGUAGAAACUACUGUUAAACUAAGAAGAGGAUGCUAGGAAUCCAUAAAGGGCAGCUUGUGUUAGCCAAUUAAACAGUGAAUGGAAAUUAUCAUGCAUAACAGGUCCAUAGAAUUGGUCACUACAGGUAGAAUUAGAAAUGUGUGUGCCAUGUUUAAAUUGGUUUUAAAAAAUGAAACAAAAAUUACCCCCCUUUUCUCCCCAAUUUCGAUCUUGUCUCAUCGCUGCAACUCCAAUGGGCUCGGGAGGUGAAAGUCGAGUCAUGCGUCCUCCGAAAACAUGGUUCUUAGCACCCGUCCGCUUAACCCGGAAGCCACCCGCACCAAUGUGUUGUAGGAAACACUGUUCAACUGACGACCAGGUCAGCCUGCAGGCGCGUAUCAAGGAGUCGCUAGAGCGUGAUGUGCCAAGUAGAGCACCCCCGGCCAAACCCUCCCCUAACCCGGACGACACUGGGCCAAUUGUGCGCCGCCUUAUGGGACUUCCGAUCACAGCUGAUUGUGAUACAGCCCCGGAUUAAACCUGGGUCUGUAGUGACGCCUCUAGCACUGCGAUGCAGUGUCUUAGACUGCUGCACCACUCGGGGGGCCCAUGUUUUUUUCCACCAAGUGAACACCGUUUUAAUUUUGUUUUUUACCGUCAUGCAUUUCAAUUGGUCAUUUACACUGAGCUCCAAAAGUAUUGGGACGGUGACCAUUUUUUGUUGUUGUUUUGGCUCUGUACUGCAGCACUUUGGAUUUGAAAUUAUACAAUGACUAUGGGGUUAAAGUGCAGACAGUCAGCUAAAAAUGUGAGUGUAUUUUCAUGCCAUUUUAGGGAACCAAAAGUAUUGGAACAAAUUCACGUGUAUUAAAGUAGUCAAGUUUAGUAUUUGGUUCCAUAUUCAAAGCACGCAAUGUUUACGUAAAGCUUGUGAAUACAAAUUUGUUGAAUGCA